CCGCCCUGCGGAGCGGGGAGCGGCGCCGGGCAUGCGGGCGGUGGCAGCGGGCCGGGAGGUGGGAUGCUGUCGCGGAAGAAGACGCGGACGGAGCUCUCCAAGCCGGGCGAGGUGCAGGGGAAGUACGUGAAGAAGGAGACGAGCCCGCUGCUGCGGAAUCUGAUGCCUUCGUUCAUCCGCCACGGCCCCACCAUUCCCCGGCGCACGGACCUGUGCCCUGCCGAGCCCGCGCCCUCCGCCUACGGCCCCGGCGGCGGCGACGGCCUCGUGUCCCGCGCGCAGAGCUUCCUGCGGAGCCCGGUGCCGCGGCCGCCCCACGAGAUCCUGAGGCGAGAGAGCAACAGACUGUCGGCGCCCUCGUACCUGGCCCGCAGCCUGGCCGAGGUGCCCAGGGAGUACGGCUCCUCCUCCUCCUCCUCCUCCUCCUCGCAGCCCUUCCUGGCCGAGGCCGGCCCGGGGCUGGAGAACGGCGAUGCCCGCGGCUAUUACUGCGAGCACUUCUACGGGAGACGUCCGCUGAACGAGCGCCUGCACGAGGACUACAGGUAUUAUGAGCACAACAGUGAUCUUUUCCAGAGGAUGUCCCACAAUCAUGGCAGGCACACUUCAGGCAUCGGGAGAGUUGCUGCUACAUCUUUAGGAAACUUAACAAAUCAUAGUUCUGAAGAUUUACCUCUUCCUCCUGGCUGGUCAGUGGACUGGACUAUCAGAGGAAGGAAAUAUUACAUCGACCACAACACCAACACCACGCACUGGAGCCACCCCCUGGAGCGCGAGGGGCUGCCCCCGGGCUGGGAGCGCGUCGAGUCCUCCGAGUUCGGCGUUUAUUACGUGGACCACAUCAACAAAAGGGCUCAGUACAAGCACCCCUGUGCUCCCAGCGUGCCCCGCUACGAUCAGCCGCCCCCCGUGUCCUACCAGCCGCAGCCCCCGGAGAGGAGCCAGGCCCUGCUGGUCCCUGCCAACCCCUACCACAGUGCUGAGAUCCCUGACUGGCUCCAGGUCUAUGCCAGGGCUCCUGUCAAGUACGACCACAUCCUGAAGUGGGAGCUGUUCCAGCUGGCUGACCUGGACACGUACCAGGGCAUGCUGAAGCUGCUGUUCAUGAAGGAGCUGGAGCGCAUCGUGAAGCUGUACGAGGCGUUCCGGCAGGCGCUGCUGGGGGAGCUGGAGCAGCGGCAGCAGCGGCAGCAGUGGUACGCCCAGCAGCAGCAGCAGCAGCAGCACAGCGCCAACUACUGAGCUCCCGCCGCGCCGCGGCUCUCCCGGGAAAAGCGCUUCUGGUUGAAAAGGCAGCUUAUUUUUGUUGACGUUGCACCUUUGUUAUUAUUACCCUCUUGAAUAUUUUUCUACAUGUAUUAUGUGUUGUUUAUAAAAGAAGUGGAAAUUGUUUGUUAAUCUUUUUUUGGCCGUGCCGGGAGUAGUUUGUUAUCCUGAGAAACCAGCAAGUUCCGUGGUGCCCUGCUCCUCCCUCCCCGGCCUGAGCCAGCCGCAGUAUUAGAGCUGGCUGUGUAUUUCUGAAGGGCAGCAGUCACGUCCUGGCUUCCACACGUUGUCCCAGCGCAGAUGCCUCGUUCAGGGUUUGGGAUCCCUCUCCUGAGAGCUCUGCCCUUUGUUUACAGCUUUAAUGUACAGACCCAGCCCGGGGCCCAUCUCGCCCCGCCAUCCGCGCGCUUCGCCCAGGUGAAGCUGAGUUGCCUUAUUUUUUACUUUAGCUCAUUAGUACUCCAGCCUCACUCCUCGUUUCCACACAGGUUACUCAGAGGGGGACACUUGUACCUUCCCAAAGACCAAGAUCUCUAAGCAGAGUGGUUUUGAUCCUGCAUUUCCCAAAACCUGACCCGCUCCAGUGGAAAGGCAGCAGCACUGGCUGCCCCACUGUGCCACCCCAGGGGGAAAAUCAGGGAUGUAACAGCAAUUACUGGGUUUUUUUUUUUUUUUAAUGAGCUUUUGUCUUAAAGCUCCUCACUUGGGGAAAAAUCUUUAAUUGUCCAGUUACCCUCUCCAGUAAUUUCAUUUGGUUCAUUAAUUGUCCUGAUAUGUUAUUUAUGGGUUCUUUUCAGUGCAAUAAACACUGCAGACAAAAAAGUACAUUUCUUGUAAAUCCUACGAAUUCAAUAAAAAUCAUUUUGUUCGAUGAA